ACUGCGGUGUUGUUACAUUUUGCAGGGUUAGCUCCAUUGUUGAUACACCCUCUUUCAAGCACAAAUAAUUAGCUCCACAUAAACCUACGCAAAUACACAUAAUAGACACUUUUGCUCUCUAUAAUUGAAGCUGUCCCUAUUAUAUAUUACAAUGGAUUUAUUUAUUAGUAGCAUGUUGAGGUAAAUAUACCUUAAUGUUUGAAAAUUCCUCAUAGUGCAGCAGGUAUGCCCUUGUUGCAAUAAAUUGCUGUGGCUGAGUAUGUAUUGCUAAAACACCAUCACUCUGGGAAUAAACUGUCUCCUCUUGUUUGAAUAAAAUCUGUUUCAUCUGAACGGCUGAAACUGGUGUGGUUCUAAUGCAUACCUCAAAGAAAAUUGCUUGAUAUAUUUAUAUUUUUACAUCUCGGUGUGCAUGUGUAAGGACUUGAUCCAGAGUUUUGUUCUCAGGAAAAAAUACAACUAUAGUCACUGUAAAAAGAGCUUCACUCUUUCCUAGUUCUAGAGUUUUAUAUUAGAAUAUAUUAAAAGUUAUCUAGACAUUAUCAGAUUGUAAAAUCAAUAACUUAAAGUGAUGUUUUCUAGUCCAAUGUUUGAGUUCAUUGGGGUCUACAGUGCAGAUAUUAUUAUCUGUUCUUUUAAAAUCACAGUAAUUCAGUUUAAUACAUCAUAUUUAUAUAGCGCCAAUUCACACCAAACAACAUCUCAGAGUGUUUGACAAGAAAAACUGGUUCAAUUCUCAGAACUAUACAAGCAGACCACAAUGCAGACUUAUCUCUUUAGACUGGCUUUUGGUUAAUUUUGUUCAUUGAUUUUAGAUUCUUUUAUUAUUUAUGUUUCCUUUUUUGUAAAGCACUUUGUGAUUUUUAUGUCUGUGAAAGGUGCUAUAUAAAUGAAGUUCACGUACUUACUUACUUACUUAAUGCAAAAUCUAAUCGAGUAAACUAAUUUAACCAGGUUUAAUCCUAAGGUUUGACAGGGGCUGUAAAACAUUAUUAUUUUCUUUUCCAUCAUCAUGCUGCAAUGUUUGGAAUUGUUAUCUUGUUUAAUGAUCCUGAUUAUGCUAAGCUUCAGCUGUUCAGAUGGCCUGAAGCAGAGGACAGAAUGUGGUCAACCAAAUGACCCUCAUCAUCAGUCCUUCAGCUGACACGAGGUGUUUGCUGUCAUCUGCUCUAAUUGGUAGGUGCUACCAAGAACACCGCUCGGGGGCGUUUCCGGAGUAAGAUGGAGUAGAGACGGAUAUUUCAGAGCUCCUGCAGGUUUACUAACAUAUUCGUUCUAAAUUCCACAAUUGCUACUAAUUGCAACCUUAAUUGGGUUAUCAAAGGUUCUGGACCAUAAAGAGCUCUGUUUCAGUGGACAUUUCUUGAUAAAUGGCGGAUAAACUUCGUAAAUUCAAGUACGACGGUAAUACGGCGAAGCUAACUGCUAACACCAGAGCCACGAGGCAGCGUGCACCUGAGGACGAAGACCCACAACCCAAGAGCUCUAGCAUGAGUGAGGAGAUGAGAGCCRAUAUCCUAUCCUCUAUUCGCGGGGAAAUCUCUAAAAUCAUAAGGGAGGAAAUGAGGAGUGUGCUGUCUGAAGAGUUCACUACUCUCAGAGCUGACAUACAAGCUGUGAGGGCCGAGAUAGCUAGCAAUGCCGCUGCUAUCCGCGCAGACAUUACCUCAAUUGAAACGGACAUGGAAGAUGUGAAAGGCGGAUUGUCUACAUGGUCUGAUGAGGUAAACACGUUGCAAUCCACCGUUAUUGAACUUCAGAGCGAGCUGGUUAAGAUGCGGGACAAAUGUGAGGACAUGGAGGGGAGGAUGAGGCGCGGAAAUAUCCGUAUAGUUGGCGUUGCGGAGCAGCCUAACUCCGCCGAUCCUAAAGAGGUUUCUAAAAUUAUUAAAGAGGUGCUCCAGAUGGACCGGGAGGUAAAAGUCGAUCGUUCACACCGGACAGCUGCUUUGACGAAACCGGGAGGUGGAGAAAGACCUCGUGUGAUCAUCGCCAAGCUGCACUAUGAUGGAGACGCCGCUGAUAUCCUGAGGAGAGCCAGAGACAAAGCCCCGCUGAUCUACCAGGGUAAAAGAAUCGCCAUCUUCCCGGAUUACACCACCAGUGUGGCCAAGGCGCGCGCGGCCUUCUCCGAGGUACGGAAAGCUUUACGGGGACGGAGCGAUGUCCGCUUCGGAUUACUUUACCCAGCAAGACUCAAAAUCACAUACAAAGAGGACAGCAAGGAGUUUCGGGAUCCUGUGAAGGCCAUGGACUACAUACGGAAGACCAUCCCGGCUACAAUAUCUGGGUCUGAAUAGUAAGGAAAAUGUUAAAUGCUAAAUUGGCACGACUAGUUCCAGUAGUCUUCAAUUUCGAAAUAAUGUGCCUUUAGUUGCUUAAGCCCUAAAUGUGAUUUUGUUAAGCAAUGUUACCUCUCCAAACUGGCAGGUAUAUGUUAGUACGUGACUGUUACUUCUAACCUUGUUAAAUCACUACGACAUAAUUUGCCUUGAUUAGGUUGUAUUAUUAUCAUUAGCAGAUUCUUUGUUACAUUGUGGUUACUGUACAUAUACUUAUGUUCUCCUGCGGGAGCCUGAGCUUCCAUACUUUUAUCUUCUCUUUCUGUCGAUUUUUUGUUAUAUUUUUUAUUAUUAUUUUUAUUUAGUUUUUUUUUUUUUUUUUUUGUACACAUCCAGUUCUCUUCUGGUUGUGUUUGUUGCUGCUUUUAUAGUGGCUAGGGACUUAAACCCACUUCCUUGCAUUAUAUUAGCAAUGCAAACUUUUAUUUGUGUUUUUUGCGUUUUGAUCCUUCUGUUCCCGGAGGAUCUUAUUGCAACUAAAAAAGCAGAGCAUCUGAAUCUUAGUUUUGUAAAUAGUGUACAGCAAAGCCUUACUUCCUCUCUGUUCUUUUCUACUUAUCGGUUCUUACAUUGUCUUGUGAUCAGCAUGCAUGUUACUCAAAUGUUUGGAUCCAUCCAUCAUUCGGCCGUCACUGCCUCCAAUACAAUGUUACCAUA